CCCGCUGGGGCAGAAACCCAGCAGAUACCGGGUGCAUUGGAGCCCCCAUGGGCGCCCCGCCGUGGGGCCACAGGUUAUUCAGCAAUAGUUAUGAACUCCCGUUUACGAGCCUUAGGUGGGAGGAUAAAUAACAUACGAGCAGCAGAACUACCAAAAGAGAAAACCCGAGCAGAGAUAAUCUGUAAUGUCCACUUUUUGGAUGGCUCAGUACAAAGCUUCAAAGUCAACAAACAAGACACUGGACAGAUUUUGUUGGAUAUGACCUACAACCAGUUGGGUGUGACGGAGAAGGAAUAUUUUGGUUUACAGCAAAAUGAAACUUCUGUAGAUUCACCUUUUUUCAUUUCACAGCGAUGGCUUGAACCAAACAAACCUAUUAGAAAACAGUUAAAAGGAGGUUUUCCCUGCACCCUUCGUUUUCGUGUAAGGUUUUUUAUACCUGAUCCUAACACACUUCAGCAAGAACAAACCAGGCACUUAUUCUUCUUGCAGUUGAAGACCGAUAUUGUGGAAGGAAGGUUGUCAUGCCCCAUUAAUUCAGCUGUUGUCCUGGCAUCAUAUGCAGUACAAUCACAACUUGGAGAUUACAAUGCUGCAGUACAUCGUUCAGGGUAUCUGUCGAAUUACAACUUUAUACCAGACCAGAACACAGAUUUUCUUACCAAAGUAGAAUCACUGCAUGAGCAACACAGUGGCCUCAAGCAAUCUGAAGCAGAGUCCUGCUACAUAAAUAUAGCACGAACACUUGAAUUCUAUGGAGUGGAGUUGCACAGUGGUAGAGAUCUCCAUAAUUUAGAUCUCAUGAUUGGGAUUGCAUCCGGUGGAAUUGCUGUAUAUAGAAAACUCAUCUGCACAAGCUUCUAUCCCUGGGUGAACAUAUUAAAGAUUUCCUUUAAAAGGAAAAAGUUUUUUAUACAACAACGGCAAAAACAUAAUGAAUCCAGAGAGCAUAUUGUUGCCUUCAACAUGUUAAAUUACAGAGCAUGCAAAAAUCUGUGGAAAUCUUGUGUAGAGCAUCACACAUUUUUUCAGGCAAAGAAGUCACUACCUCAUGAAAAAAAGAUUUUGUCACAUUACUGGACCCUGGGUUCUAGAAAUCCAGCAAAGUCUGUAAACAGCCAGUACUGCAGAAAAGUUAUAGGUGGGAUGGUUUGGAACCCAUCUAUGAGACGAUCUUUAUCUGUUGAGCAUCUAGAGACCAAAAGCCUUCCUUCUCGAUCACCUCCUGUUACCCCUAAUUGGAGGAGUCCUAGACUACGUCAUGAAAUUCGGAAAGCCCGACACUCAUCAGUGGAUAACCUUACAAAUGAGAUUAGUUAUAUUACUGAAACAGAGGAUGUUUUUUAUACAUAUAAGGGCUCUCCAACAUCAAAGGACAGUGAUUCAGAGUUCUCUCAGAACCGUAGUCCACAGAGGAGGUCUUCUGAACAAGAAUCACCAAAGAAUUUGUUGGGAAACAGUCCAACGCGGAGUUCUCUCACCCAUACCUCACCUAAAGCCUUGGCACAGUCUCCAAAUGGAGUUGGCAACAUUUCUGGCCCUUACCCAUUGGAAGGUGUUGAUAAACAGUUUUUAGAAACAUAUGAUAAUGUUACAAAAAGUAGCUCGACAGAAGAUUCCGGUCAGUACUACUGUGAUAAGAAUGAUCUAAUUGAGGGAGAUUUGCUUCUGGUGCGCAUCAUACCAGAUGAAGAUGGGAAGUUUGGGUUUAAUCUAAAGGGUGGUAUAGAUCAAAAAAUGCCGUUAGUGGUAUCAAGAAUAACUCCAGGAUCACCCGCUGAUAAAUGCAUUCCAAAACUGAAUGAAGGUGAUCAGAUAGUAUUAAUUAAUGGCCGAGAUAUCUCAGAGCACACGCAUGACCAGGUGGUCAUGUUCAUAAAAGCCAGCAGAGAAUCUCACACAAGAGAGCUUGCACUUUUGGUCAGGAGGAAAGUAGUUAAGCAGUUUGUGGAACCUAAAUCAGAAGAUGAAGCUGAUUCCCACAACCUUCCAGAAUCUCUCAUUCCUAUCUGUUCUGAAUAUGGUGGUGAUACACUGGAGGAGUCUAUGGAGCAGCUCAGGAAGGGGCUGGAAAGUGGGACUGUCCUUAUCCAGUUCGAGCAACUUUAUAGGAAGAAACCAGGAUUGGCUGUUACAUGUGCAAAGGUACCUCAGAAUAUGGACAAGAAUAGAUAUAAAGAUGUUCUUCCUUAUGAUGCCACAAGGAUAGUAUUGCAAGGAGAUGAAGAUUACAUUAAUGCAAAUUAUGUGAAUAUGGAAAUUCCUUCUGUGGGCAUUGUGAACAGGUACAUUGCUACUCAGGGGCCUCUUCCACACACAUGUGCACACUUCUGGCAAGUAGUCUGGGAUCACAAGUUGUCACUGAUCAUAAUGUUAACAACUCUUACUGAACGAGGGAGGACCAAAUGUCAUCAGUAUUGGCCUGAUCCACCAGAUGUAAUGGAAUAUGGCAGCUUUCGUGUCAGAUGCCACUCUGAAGACUGUACAAUUGCUUAUGUUGUCAGAGAAAUGGUGAUUACAAAUAUUGAGACAGAACAGCAACACACCAUCACCCAUCUCCAGUAUGUUGCUUGGCCUGAUCAUGGUGUUCCUGAUGACUCCAUGGACUUCUUGGAGUUUGUGACCUGUAUGAGGCCAAAGAGAGUAGAGAAUGAGCCCGUCCUUGUUCACUGCAGUGCUGGAAUUGGUCGCACGGGGGUAUUGGUCACUAUGGAAACAGCCAUGUGCUUAAUUGAAAGAAAUCAACCUGUUUAUCCACUGGAUAUUGUACGAAAAAUGCGAGACCAGCGAGCUAUGAUGGUGCAAACAUCAAGUCAAUACAAAUUUGUUUGUGAAGCUAUUCUUCGUGUUUACAAAGAAGGAUUGGUUCGGCCACUGGAUUCCAGUUAGCACAGCAGUGAAGGAUGAAUACUUUUUUUCCCUUAAAAAGACUACUCUUUAAGUAAAGCAAGGGCUUGUUUCUGAAAGCAACCAGAAUGGACUAGAAGCCCAUGAAAAGACAAAUGAGCACAUUUGAAC